AUGCUCACGUUCGCGCGGCGGCGGCUCACGUCUAUUGUGCAUAGGCGAUCUUAUGCCUCUGUCUCCUCGUCGUCUCCCAUCAACCCAAAUUCGGUCGGGCCUUUCCAAGUCUUUGAUCGCAAUGUGAAGCACACCCAAAAGGACGGCGCCGCUGCCCGCGACCGCGGCGCUCGUAGUAGGACUGUUGACUACGUACGCGACGAGAUUGCGGACAGGAUGGUCGAACGUUUUCAGGACAUAAAGCGCAAGUUCAGUACUGUGCUUGACUUGGGAUCGGGACCCGGUCACUUCUCCAAGCUUCUGGACUCUGAGACAACGGAAAAGGCCAUUCUUCUCGACUCGAGCGAGAAGCUCCUCUACAGAGAUCCAGAUUCAGAAUUCGAGGUCAAGGUUGAGCGAAUAGUUGCAGACGAGGAGAAUCUGCUGCAGACUGUUCGGCCCAACUCGCAGGAAGCUAUAGUGUCUUGUCUGAGCUUGCACUGGGUCAACGACUUACCGGGCGUCCUCGUGCAAAUCAAGGAAGCCUUGCAGCCAGACGGUGUUUUUCUCGGAGCUCUGUUCGGAGGGGAUACACUCUUCGAGCUCAGGACAUCUCUCCAACUGGCUGAGGUAGAACGCGAAGGCGGUAUCUCGCCCCAUGUCUCGCCUAUGACAGAUUCGCGGGACAUGUCCAAUCUCCUCGGUCGCGCCGGCUUUACGCUUCUCACAGUUGACGUUGACGAGAUCAAGGUCGCAUACCCGUCCAUGUGGGAACUCAUGGAGGAUUUGCAAGACAUGGGCGAGAGCAACGCUGUGGUCGGACGGCGGCACAUCAUCCAUCGCGACACGUUAGCCGCUGCAUCCGCCAUCUACAAAGAGCUACACGGCAAUGAGGACGGAACCAUACCGGCUACUUUCCAGGUCAUUUAUGUGAUUGGAUGGAAACCCGCACCGACUCAGCCUAAACCUCUUGAGCGGGGCUCUGCACAAACAAACCUGAAGGACGUCCUAUGAACGUGUAUCAUUACAUCGCAGCUUCUUCUACCUCCAUGACCUUGGGGUUGUUCCCCGAAUGAUCUACUGGCGACUCUUGCUGUUGCACAUCUUCCUCUAGCACGGCGACAUCAAUAACCUUCAGCCCCACGUUGUCCUCUGCUCCCUCAUCCACACCAUCCUCACCGUCACCGUCGCCUUCGCCCUCUCCGUCCUCAUCCCCGCUCUCCCCGCCUUUCGAGCUAGUUCCACGGCCUCUUCGUCGCCCGCUAUCGUUGAACUUCCGUUUAGGGAUGACAGAGUAGAGUGCUUGUUCCCAAUCUCGCGUCUCGACCCAGUUCAGGAGAAUCUCGAACGUUUGAUUCACAGUCAGCACUUUGCGGGUGCGCAGCUCCGAGAGGUAUGUCCCAAUUGGAAGCCGUGCGGAGCGGACUUGGUGUUCCUUGGACUUUUCGAGACACAGAUUCUUGUAACGAUUAUGGUCGACGAUCCCACCUAUGAUGUAGGUUUCUCCCUCCUUCAGCUCCGUGAGUUCGUCGUCCGCGUCAGCCGUCAGGUAUAUCACCGUGUCUCUAGCAGCUCUGCUAGGCUGCUGCUUUUUGGUCCGUUUUGCCGCUCUGCCGGACUUUUCUGCGCUCUCUCCUUCUGCGCCUUCGGCCGGCGAGGGUGCCCCGACCUCCCCACCCUCCCACAACUGUUCAUAGCCCUCCGACCACCACUCAGCGCCUACCCAUCUCUUGUAUGCCGAAUGAUUUGUAGCGUCCAUGCGCAUGAGCGUUCGUCCAUUCAACGAAGUGAACAGCAGUGAGGAGAACGGAUGCUGCGCCUUCUUGUUGGCGCUGUACGUAUACGCGAGUUGCGACGCGAGCGACUUGACCUCGUUCUCCGUCAUCUUCUCGUCAAACCCCAGGUCGACCACGACGCGCGCGGCGAACGGCGUGCGCGGGCCCUUGUCCACCUUCAGUCGCUUCCGCUCGCGCUCCUCGUCCUCCGGGUCGAGCUCGCCCGCGGCGCGCUUCUCUGCGAAGGCACGCUUUUUCUCCUUGCGCCGCUCCUUCUCAACCGCGCGCCGUUCUUUCUUGCGCUCUGCUAACCAUGCGGCUUUUGCAAGCUUCUUUUGUGCUUUCUUGGAGAGUGGAGGUGCGCUCUCGGUGCUCGUGGAUGCGACCGCAGCGGUAGGGUCGGCAAUGGAUGGGUCGGCGGAUUGAGAGACAU